AUGUCGGUGUACGCUGCCUUCAGCGCAGCGCCAGUCUCGGUGAACAAGGGACUGAAAAAGCUAUCGCAGCCUGUCGGAAUCCGGCCCGACCACAUCGCCAGCGAGGAAACACUGCUCUAUCUCAAACCACAGUAUGACCACCGCUCGCCCAAUGAAUACACCAUCAAAAGAUACUGGGACGAUUCAGACAUCUUCACAAUCACCGGUCAUAAAUAUGGAGACACUCCAGCUCGAGAAUUCCGCGAUGCAUCAGGGCUGCCGAUGUUUCAAUCUCGCGCCACAUCGCUGGCAUGGAAGAGACCGUUGCGGGUACGAUUACCCGGCAAUGAAGAGGCCGAGCUAGUGGACUUUCGGGUCGUCGCCAAUGGUGCUUACAAACUCUCCUUUCGCAAUGCGAUGGCCCCAGAGGUGGUGGAGAAGUCCUAUAAUAUGAUCGACGUUGAAGUGCGCGAUAUGGACUCUGCCGCCUGGUCGGGCUGCUCGGCAACAGUUAGAGGCCAGAAAGUGCUUGAUAUACGCGAGAGUAUUAGCAUGAACAGAACUUUGCCAAAGGGAAGGGCAAAAGGUGAUAUUUCCCUGAUGCCACGGCAAAUCCUUGAGGUUUCGGUCGCGGAGGGCUUUGACAUGUCUCUGGCGGCGCUCAUUGCGGUUCAUAUGGCCGAUACGAGAUUUAGCACAGCGCCUCCACCUCGACGCUGA